AUGGGAAUUAAAGUAGUUCCUUUAGGAGCAGGACAAGAUGUAGGUCGUAGUUGUGUGAUUGUUAGUAUUGGUAAUAAGAAUAUUAUGUUUGAUUGUGGUAUGCAUAUGGGGUAUCAUGAUGAACGUAGAUUCCCUGACUUUUCAUUCAUAUCAAAGACUAAACAAUUCACAAAGACUUUGGAUUGUAUUAUUAUUACUCAUUUUCAUCUUGAUCAUUGUGGAGCAUUACCUUAUUUCACUGAAAUGUGUGGAUAUGAUGGUCCUAUUUAUAUGACUUUACCAACAAAAGCAAUUGUACCAAUAUUAUUAGAAGAUUAUAGAAAGAUAUCAGUUGAUAGAAAAGGAGAAACAAACUUUUUUACACCUCAAAUGAUUAAAGAUUGUAUGAAAAAGGUUAUUCCUAUAGCAUUGCAUCAAACGAUAAAGGUGGAUGAUGAACUAUCGAUCAAAGCAUAUUAUGCUGGUCAUGUACUGGGUGCUGCAAUGUUUUAUGCAAAGGUUGGAGAAGAGAGUGUCGUUUACACUGGUGAUUACAAUAUGACUCCCGAUAGACAUCUAGGUAGUGCAUGGAUCGAUCAAGUUCGUCCCAAUCUACUCAUCACAGAGACUACCUAUGCAACAACUAUUCGUGAUUCAAAACGUGGUCGUGAACGUGAUUUUCUCAAACGUGUACAUGAAUGUGUUGAAAAGGGUGGUAAAGUAUUGAUCCCUGUAUUUGCAUUGGGACGUGUACAAGAACUUUGUAUUCUCAUCGACUCUUAUUGGGAGCAGAUGAACUUGAACGUUCCCAUCUACUUUUCCGAAGGGUUGGCUGAAAAGGCUAAUUUCUACUACAAACUCUUUAUCACUUGGACCAACCAAAAGAUCAAACAAACCUUUGUCAAGCGAAACAUGUUUGACUUUAAACACAUCAAACCCUUUGACAGACAUUUGGCCGAUGCCCCAGGUCCAAUGGUUCUCUUUGCCACACCUGGCAUGCUUCAUGCUGGUGCAUCGUUGGAGGUUUUCAAAAAAUGGGCACCAAACGAAUUAAAUAUGACCAUUAUUCCUGGAUAUUGUGUGGUUGGUACCGUUGGAAACAAGCUACUUUCCAAUGCAGGUGGUCCUCAAAUGGUUGAAAUCGACAAGAAAACUACACUUGAGGUUAAAUGUAAAAUACAUAAUCUCUCAUUCUCUGCUCAUGCCGAUGCUAAAGGUAUCAUGCAAUUAAUUAAAAUGUCUCAACCAAAAAAUGUUUUAUUAGUUCAUGGUGAAAAAGAAAAAAUGAGAUAUCUAAGUGAUAAAAUAUCAAAAGAUUUUGGAGUACCAUGUUAUUUCCCAGCAAAUGGAGUAACAGUUAAUAUAGAAUCAUCGAAAUUAAUCCCAAUUGAUAUUUCUUCAAAAUUAUUAAAACGUCAAAUAUUGGAAUAUUCACAAGCAAAUAGUAAACAAUUUGAAGAUCAACAACAACAACAACAAACACAUCAACAACAACAAAAACAAGACAAUUCAGAUGAAAACAUAAAUAAUUUGGAUCCAGAUGAACAACCAUUUAAAAAGAUUCGUUCACCUAUUACUCAAUUACCAAUCCAAGGUAUUUUGGUUGCAAAAGACUACCAAAAUCUAAAAUUACUCGAUCCAAGCGAAGCAUCUAGUGAAUUGUCAAUCAAUAAUAUUAAUUUAAAUUAUAUUUUAAAUUAUAAAAUUCAAACCAACAACAAAUCAACUACGACUAGUGCAAUGGAUGGAUUAGAAAUAUUACAAGAUAGAAUUACAGAAUUAUUACCACAUGACCAAAUCAAUAGAAUCAAUCAAAGUCAGUUGGUUAUUAAAAAUCAAGUGGUCAUCCAAUUUGACAAGGUGCAACAACAAUUUACCAUUCGAUGGAGUAAUCAUCACGAACAAUUAUUUAGUGAUAUUUAUAAAUUGUUGGAAAAACAAUUUGGUGAACAAUUGUAA